GACAUUUCCCGCACUCAAGGCACUAAUAAACCUCCAGGGUUGUCUGGGAUCCCUGCUGUACAGGAAGACAGAACUUCAGUGAGGAACAUUUCCCUCAUUCAUUACAGGAAAGUGGCUUCUCUCCCGUGUGACAUUUCUGAUGUCUGUAAAGAUGCGACUUCCGUGAAAAACAUCUGCUGCACCCAGGACAAGAAUACGGCUUCAACCCUGUGUGACAUCCCUGAUGUCUGGAAAGACCGGACUUCUGCGAAAAACAUUUCCCGCACUCAGGACAGGAAUACGGUUUCUCACGCGUGUGAGAUCUCUGAUAACAGAAAUAUGGCUUCUCCCCUGUGUGAGAUCUCUGAUGGCUGUAAAGAUUGGACUUCGCUGAAAAACAUUUCCCGCACUCAGGACAGCAAUGAGGCUUCUCCCCAGUGUGAGAUCUCUGAUGGGUAAGAAGAUCUGAUUUAUGUAAAAAACAUUUCCCGCACUCAGGACAGCAAUGAGGCUUCUCCCCCGUGUGAGAUCUCUGAUGCAUAAGAAGAUCGGAUUUAUGUAAAAAACAUUUCUCACACUCAGAACAGGAAAGGGGCUUCUCCACGGUGUGAGAUCUCUGAUGUCUGUGAAGAACAGACAUCUGUGAAAAACAUUUCCCGCACUCAGGACAGGCAUACGGCUUCUCCCCUGUGUGAGAUCUCUGGUGGCUGUAAAGAUUGGACUUCACUGAAAAACAUUUCCCGCACUCAGGACAGGCAUACGGCUUUCUCCCUGUGUGAGAUCUCUGAUG